CGACUGAUGGACUGAUCGGUGUUACUGGCCGAAAAUGAGCGCCUCCGAAGCGCGGGGCGCAUGGAUCGUCCAGGGAAACGGUGCCAUGUCGAUCCCAGCGCCAGUCGGAGGUUCAGUCCGCCGUCCAGUAGCCUCCAGCCGGUCCCGGGGAAGAUGAACGAUGUGAGCUCUCCAGCCGGUCAGCCGGACGCAGCGGCGGCGGUGCCAAGACUGCGUCCCCACGAAAACCGCAGCAUGGCCGAGAUAAUCGCCGACCACCCGGCCGAGCUGGUCCGCACCGACAGCCCCAACUUUCUGUGCUCGGUCCUGCCCUCCCACUGGCGGUGCAACAAAACGCUCCCCGUCGCCUUUAAGGUGGUGGCACUGGGAGAUAUACCUGAUGGGACCGUUGUCACGGUAAUGGCGGGAAACGACGAGAACUACUCUGCCGAACUGCGUAACGCCUCGGGGGUGAUGAAGAACCAGGUAGCACGAUUCAACGACCUGCGCUUCGUGGGCCGCAGUGGGAGAGGCAAGAGCUUCACUCUGACAAUCACAGUAUUCACCAAUCCACCACAAGUGGCCACUUACCACCGAGCCAUAAAGGUCACCGUGGACGGACCGCGCGAGCCCAGGAGGCAUCGUCAGAAGCUCGAGGACCCUCCCAAGACAGGCCUGUUCUCAGACCGCCUCAGCGAGCUGGAGAGGAUACGCCAGACCACCAUGAGAGUGACUGUUCCCACGCAAGCCCCCCGGCCAGCCCUCAACGCCGGGGCCAACUCCUUCAACCCGCAGGGGCAGACGCAGAUAACUGACCCACGUCAGUCCCAGUCCUCUCCUCCCUGGUCGUACGAACAGACGUACCCGUCCUACCUGAGUCCCAUGGCGUCCCCUUCAGUCCACUCCACCACCCCCCUCUCCUCCAGCCGAGCCACGGGCCUGCCUGCCAUCAGUGAUGUGCCUAGACGCCUACCAGGUUCAUCUGACCUGAGCCCAUUUCCCGGCCAGUUUGAGCGCCAGUUCCCGGGCCUCUCCUCCCUGACAGAGAGUCGUUUCUCCAGCCCCCGGAUGCACUACCCGGCCACCUUCACCUACACCCCACCCGUCACCUCGGCCAUGUCACUGGGCAGCGCCCACUAUCACACCUACCUUCCCCCUCCCUACCCCGGCUCCACCCAGAGCCAGAGUGGACCCUUCCAGACCAGCAGCACACCUUAUCUCUACUACGGGGCUUCCUCGGGCUCCUACCAAUUCUCCAUGGUUCCCGGGGGGGAUCGCUCGCCCUCCCGGAUGAUACCGCCUUGCACUAGCGCCUCCACGGGCAGCUCCCUGGUGAAUCCCAACCUGCCCAGCCAGACGGAGGGAGGCGUGGAGGGCGACGGGAGUCAUAGUAACUCCCCCACUGUACUCAACUCCGGGGGGCGCAUGGAUGAAGCCGUCUGGAGGCCAUACUGAAGAAGACCCGCGGGCUGAAACAAGAUGUGCAAAGAAGUCAACUGAUGUCAUGGUUUGAAAGCACAAAACCUUUUUUUUGAAGAGGGGAAUUUGAGCUAUCAUCAGCAAAUAACUGUCUCUCCCUUUUGCUUGGAAAUUAAGGGUGACAUUAAAAAAAAAAAAAAAAAGAAAAAAAAAAGAAAAAGACCAGACUUGUAUGGACUUGUCUUCCUGGAAUGUGUUUUGACCAAGGCACUACAAAGGGAGUUAUUCUCAAAGCAAUAAUGAGAAAGACAAUUUUGGUUUACUAGGCCCAAGUGGAUAAGACAUUAUUUCUGUUUUAUUAUAGUCCACAAGCUAAGGGAUGCUUCACAAUAUUUGUAAAAGACUGCCUCUUUUGUAUAGUGUUUGUAUUUCUAUAAGGCUUUUUGCAGAGCAUGUUUUUGUACUACGACAAUAUCAAGAUGCAAGUUAAGCACUGAGUAGCAAGUGAUGAGAGUAACACAUAUGUUACCUUAAGUGGUAUAAACAGUAAAUUUGCUUUAAACCAAUUAAUUUAACUUGUAUAUUGUGGGUGAAACGUUGAUGUAGAUUGAGGCAUUUUCUUAGGAGUUUUAACUUAUAAAGCCAUAAAUUAUGUAUUGUAUUUGAAACUUGAGUCGAAGAAGUGUAAUCUGAAUAUUUUUGAUGCAUCUAUAUGACUAAGUUUAAAUUAAUUUUUGAUAGGUAAUUUAAAGAGUGAGAGGUUUAAUUUUUUUUUUUUAGUACCCAAAGAUUUAAAUUGUUUAGAUAUGAAAUGUAAUUUCCAAAGAUAUUGCAACAUGUUUCUUCUGGUAUAACUUUCAGUUUAACUGCACCACAUUUUAAACGUCUAACAUCCUUGCUAGGCGUUGACACACAUUUGGCUUGGAAUUAAACCUUUGGUAUUUAUUGAGCAAUAACUUGUAUUGUGCCUCUUGGCAAAAUACCAUGGAAGAGUACUUCAGUGGAGGAAAUAAUUAUCCAGUGGAGAAAUUCUGUUCAUCUCAAUUUCUCUAGUUUUUUGACGCACAUCAUAUAUAUAUAUAAAUAUAUAUAUAUAAUGUGCAGUCGAAGUAAGAAGCUUUGUGGUACGAAUUAUCAUGGAUUCAUACACAGAUUGACAUGUAGCCCAAAGAUGAUUAUGGUGGUGCCAUGCCUGGUGGUGUUCUGAGUGCACUCCAAAGUAGCGGGUCAAACCUCAAGGUUCAGUUGUUUUAUAAUACAUGACCUCCUCAGGACUGGAAUAAUCCUUGGGUAAUCUGAAGUCCCACAGGCUUGCUAUAUCUGCACUAUGUCCUUUUCAUAACCAAUGCAGCUGAGUGCUCUGUCAGAUUAUAGGGAAAACAUCCCAAGGCUAUUGUAGCUUUCUUAUCACGU